CUUCUGAUCGGCAGGGAGUGCCCACUCACACAUGUCGAAGAAACUCUACCCCGUUCCGAUGAAGUACACUGCUGAAUCUCCAGUCAGGCAAAGUCCAUCUUUCAUGGAAAGACUACGCACAGCCAUUACUAUUGGUAACGAAAGAUCUUUUGAUAAUGGUAUGAAGCCAGUGAAAGUGCGUCUGAUUAAUGGUUGGCAGGAUCUCACUUCUGAUAGACUGAAUAUACUAGUCUGCAACUUUCUCUACGAUAGAGAGGCAGCGCAUUACAGAAUCUUGAGGGAACUCGAACAUGCAACCGGAAUUCGUCGAGAGCGCAUUGUUUAUGUUACUUUUCUUGUAAUCUUUGCACUGCUUAUUUAUCAAAAUGCACUAACAAUCCUGCACUCCCUCAUUGUACUGAUCUUUCCCGCAGCUUGCACUUUGAUGCUUUUGAGUACCGAAGAUGUUGCAAAUGCUCAGUUUUGGUUACGCUAUUGGACAGUUUAUGCAUUGGUAACAGUAUUCAGUAGAAUUCUUCUUAAGAGAACAAAUCAUGAGAAUGGCGAUGUAUCCUGGUUGGAACUGAUCUUUUUCAUGAUUUGCUUGAUACCAGGGACUUUCCUACUUGACUUCGUCUUCACUUUUAUCAUGCCAUUUUUCAACGCUAUGAAAGCCAAAAUAGAAGAAUACAACUUCCAGCUAGCUUGUUAUCUAAAUUAAGUAAUUAC